GGGGGCGGGGCGCGUCCGCGGAGGGGGGCGGUUGGCGGCUCCCGAGCCCAGCGCCGCGCUCAGUCCGGACCCCGUGACCGGCGGCCGAGGCCCCGCCUCCGUCUGUCUGUCCUUCGGGCUCUCAGCGCAGCCGUGCCGCCCUUCCUAGGGUGUGGAGAGCGGGCCCCGCCCUGAAGGGGCACCGUGGGCUGGGGGGCCUGUUUUGGAGCAGGCACCGGUGGCCGAGCUCCGUGACCAUGAAGGUCAAGGUCAUCCCCGUGCUCGAGGACAACUACAUGUACCUGGUCAUCGAGGAGCUCACGCGCGAGGCGGUGGCCGUGGACGUGGCUGUGCCCAAGAGGCUGCUGGAGAUCGUGGGCCGGGAGGGGGUGUCUCUGACCGCUGUGCUGACCACCCACCAUCACUGGGACCACGCGCGGGGAAACCCGGAGCUGGCGCGGCUGCGUCCCGGGCUGGCGGUGCUGGGCGCGGACGAGCGCAUCUUCUCGCUGACGCGCAGGCUGGCGCACGGCGAGGAGCUGCGGUUCGGGGCCAUCCACGUGCGUUGCCUCCUGACGCCCGGCCACACCGCCGGCCACAUGAGCUACUUCCUGUGGGAGGACGAUUGCCCGGACCCACCCGCCCUGUUCUCGGGCGACGCGCUGUCGGUGGCCGGCUGCGGCUCGUGCCUGGAGGGCAGCGCCCAGCAGAUGUACCAGAGCCUGGCCGAGCUGGGUACCCUGCCCCCCGAGACGAAGGUGUUCUGCGGCCACGAGCACACGCUCAGCAACCUGGAGUUUGCCCAGAAAGUGGAGCCCUGCAACGACCACGUGAGAGCCAAGCUGUCCUGGGCUAAGAAGAGGGAUGAGGAUGACGUGCCCACAGUGCCGUCGACUCUGGGCGAGGAGCGCCUCUACAACCCCUUCCUGCGGGUGGCAGAGGAGCCGGUGCGCAAGUUCACGGGCAAGGCGGUCCCCGCCGACGUCCUGGAGGCGCUCUGCAAGGAGCGGGCGCGCUUCGAACAGGCGGGCGAGCCGCGGCAGCCACAGGCGCGGGCCCUCCUUGCGCUGCAGUGGGGGCUCCUGAGUGCAGCCCCACACGAGUGAGCCACCCAGACCCUCACAGGGCUGGGGCCUGCGUCCCUCCUCGUGACCUCGGCCAGCUGGACCCACAUGAGGGCCACCUCUGGAACCUUCUUCGAGGCCCUGGCCAGCCAUCUGCCCAGCCUCGGAGGGUGGGCAAGCUGGUGCUUCCCGGGUGGACACACAGGAUCACUCAGUGGGGCCUGUGUGGGCGCCGAGACCUGGGUGUCUGGGAAGUGGGGCACACGGGGCCUCCGAACUAUGAAUAAAGCUUUGAAAGGCC